AUGGUUAAUGUUUGGUGUGCCGGCAUUAUUUUGAAUCUCGCUGUGGUCAAUGUUAAUGCAGACUUGAGCUUCACCAGUAUAGCUGAUGCUGAUGGUGCCAAAACCCAGUCAGCACCCUUGACGAUUUUAAAAGGCUCUUCGAUUUGGAAGCUCAGCUCGCUACAGCAACCUGUUAUCACUGGCCAUCGCGGUGCACCGGGGUACCUGCCUGAUCAUACCAUUCCGGGCUACACGCUUGCCAUUGAUUCCGGUGUGGACAUCAUUGAGCCUGAUCUCGUCAGUACGAAGGAUGGCUUUCUUGUAGUCCGUCACGAACCUUACAUCGACGACACCACCAACGUCGCGGACCAUCCUGAGUUUGCUGACCGCUGCACCUUCAAACUACUCGAUGGCACCCCCACUGAAGGUUAUUUUGUCAGCGACUUUACACUUGCUGAGAUCAAAACCCUUCGUGCCGUGCAACCGUUGCCUGAACGGGAUCAAAGUUUCAACGCAUUGUUUCAGAUCCCUACGUUCGAAGAAGUCAUUCAGCUUGCACAGAAGAAAUCGGCUGAAUACAAUCGAACUAUCGCUAUAUACCCUGAGAUCAAACAUUCGAGCUUUCAUAAGAGGCUCGGACUGCCUGUCGAGAAGACAAUGCUUAGGUUGCUGACCAAGUACGGAUGGAAUCAUGCGGAUGCGCCUGUUCUCAUCCAGUCUUUUGAGACUGAGAACUUACGCGAACUCAAGAAAGUCACCAACUUAACACUUGUGCAGCUAAUCGACGCCGAUGGUUGCGAUCCGAUCACUGGUGAUGUCAUUUUUAAGGCACCGUACGACUGGAUACUGACCAAUCGCACGGACGAUUGGAAAUACUUUAUCUCUCCCGCUGGUCUUGAGGAGUUAGCCUCGUACGCUGACAUAAUUGCUCCGUGGAAGGGAUAUCUUUUGAAGGCUGUCGCCCUUGAAGUGGAUGCACACGGCAACGUCAUGGACUCAAAUGGCGAUGGUAUUGUCUCGGAUGCUGACUACACCAUCGUUAAUAGUUCAAAUUUGAUUAAGAAAGCACAUGCCGCUGGCCUUAAGGUUCACACAUGGUCGAUGCGUGACGAAAACUAUCGUUUGACAGCUAAUUACUUCGGCAACGCUACGCUUGAGUACUUAAGGCUAUUUGAUGAAGGUAUUGACGGUCUGUUUAGCGAUAAUUGCAAGACCGCUGUGCCCGCUCGUAAUGCGUGGCUGGCUAGUAGUAAACACAUUGAAACCGCGUGA